GAGCUUGUGAGUCUUUAAGCGCUUUGACGCACAGGUGUGUCCAUGCAUUGUGUCAUAAUAGUAAGCGCUAACCACACGUCAGCAGGAGAAGCACGCGCUCCAAUUGUUUCUCCCCACACCCAGUACGCCUGCGGGGACAGUCGGGUUCUGUGCGGUGCUCCGAGCCACGCACGGACGAACACGGGCCCCAAAUUACCCAAUUCACGCGCCACGCGACGCUGUUCCUGGAGCGCAGAGCGGCGCAGCAGCGGUGAGCAGCAGCGGCUUCGGGGCCAGGAAGCCGUCGACACAGGCGACGACCGGGAGACUGAGCGUCACUUGAGCGGGGAGUCGCCGGAGCACCUGUGCCCGAGCUCCCACCUGCCUCGUAGCAACCGCGGAGCCGGUGUCGCCGGCAGUCACCGCCAGCAACGCCGCGCUGCUAGCAGCUAGCUUAGCUUAGCUGUCCGACAACAUGCGAUUGAAAGUGGGAUUCAUUCUGCGGAGUCUGCUGGUCAUCGGGACGUUUUUGGGCUUGGUGGUGCUCUGGUCCUCUUUGUCACCGAAGACCGACGACGAACCUCCCUUUGGGAAGCGGGAGGAAGGUUUGCCGCCCAUCGGAGGCCCAGCGGACCAGUUCAAGCCUGUGAUGCCCUGGCCUCAUGUAGAGGGAGUGGAGGUCGAUCUCAACUCCAUUAGAGUCAAACAUGGAGUCGCCAACCCUCCCCAGAACCCUGACGCACAGCCCAACCAGAACCAGGUGAUCCAGCAGCAGUACAUCACAUUCCGGCCCCAGACGCAUGUCUACAACAGCCCCGUGCUGAAGAAAGGUGUGCUAGGAAAUUUCGAGCCCAAAGAACCUGAGCCUCAUGGGAUCCCUGGCGGGCCUGGAGAGGGUGGCAAGCCUCUAGUCCUGGGCUCAGAAUACAAAGACGCCGUCCAGGCGUCAAUCAAAGAGUUUGGCUUCAACAUGGUGGCGAGCGACAUGAUCUCACUGGACAGAAGCAUCAGUGACAUACGACAUGAAGAGUGUAAGUACUGGCAUUAUGACGACCGCCUGCUCACCUCCAGCGUGAUUAUCGUCUUUCACAACGAAGGCUGGUCCACGCUGAUGAGAACGGUCCACAGCGUCAUCAAGAGGACCCCCAGACAAUACUUGGCUGAGAUAGUCAUGAUCGACGACUUCAGCAACAAAGUUCAUUUGAAGGAUCGUUUGGAGGAGUACAUCAAGCAGUGGAACGGUCUGGUUAAAGUCUUCAGAAAUGAAAAGAGGGAGGGGCUGAUCCAGGCCAGAAGUAUAGGAGCCAAGAAGGCCACCAAAGGACAGGUCUUAAUCUACCUGGAUGCUCAUUGUGAGGUUGGAGUCAACUGGUACGCUCCACUGAUUGCUCCCAUUGCAAAAGACAGGACAGUAUGUACGGUCCCGCUGAUAGACUAUAUAGAUGGUAAUGAGUACACUAUGGAGCCGCAGCAGGGUGGAGAUGAGGACGGCCUGGCUAGGGGAGCGUGGGACUGGAGCCUGCUCUGGAAGAGGGUACCACUUAGUCAGAGAGAGAAGGCCAAGAGAAAACAUACCACUCAGCCCUACCGGUCUCCAGCCAUGGCAGGUGGUCUCUUUGCUAUUGAGAGAGAGUUCUUCUUUGAGUUGGGUCUUUAUGAUCCAGGACUGCAAAUAUGGGGAGGAGAGAAUUUUGAAAUAUCCUACAAGAUCUGGCAGUGCGGGGGUCAGCUGCUCUUCGUACCCUGCUCUCGGGUUGGUCACAUCUACAGACUUCAGGGAUGGCAGGGCAACCCUCCACCUGCACAUGUUGGCUCCUCACCCACUCUGAAGAACUAUGUCCGGGUGGUGGAGGUGUGGUGGGACGAUUACAAGGACUACUUUUAUGCCAGUCGUCCUGAAACGCUGACGUUAGCUUAUGGAGACAUCAGUGAGCUGAAACGCUUCAGGGAGGAACAUCGAUGCAAAAGCUUCAAAUGGUUCAUGGAGGAGAUAGCGUACGACAUCCCCAUGCACUACCCCCUGCCUCCUAAAAAUGUGGAAUGGGGAGAGAUCCGUGGCUUUGAGACCAGUUACUGCAUUGACAGUAUGGGACACACCAAUGGAGGAAAUGUGGAGAUAGGGCCAUGCCACAGGAUGGGCGGGAACCAGCUGUUUCGCAUCAAUGAAGCCAACCAGCUGAUGCAGUACGACCAGUGCUUAACCAGAGGGAGCGAUAACUCUGCAGUCAUCGUCACACACUGUAACCAGAAUGAGCACACGGAGUGGAAGUACUUCAAGGAUCUUCAUCGCUUCACUCAUGUGCCCACAGGGAAAUGUUUGGACCGCUCAGACCUGCUGCACAAAGUGUUCAUAUCAGACUGUGAUGUCAGUAAAACUACUCAGAAAUGGGAGAUGAACAACAUCGUGGCUGUAUAAACUCUGGACAAAUGACACCAGUGACCGCUGUGAGGCGACGGUGGAGGAACCACGGUUCACGGCUCAUCGUCCAUAUGAACACUCCUACUGACUGACUAAUGUUGAACUGGCGAAUCUUUCUUUAAGACAUGCUCUUUUUUUUUGGGUCUUUUCUAAACUACUUCAUUGAUUGAUCAACUCAAACUGAUCAACGGUUGGCUUUUCCAUCAAACUGUUCACUCAGCAAAGAGUUCUGUUGUUUCUGGAGCUCUAUCGUACAUUAAUGUGUUGAACCUGAGGGAGUAAUUGUACAUAUUGAGGCUGUUUUCCUCUGACGUCUCGCUGGGUGGGAGCUUUGCCAGGAGGAUGAAGUCCAUCUGCUCUGUUCGUUUGUUUCAAGUCUUCUAGACAAACGUGAUUUUAUCAAGCUUCUAAUCUGUCCUCAGACUGUGUGCGUGUAAGGUCCUGCUGUGUUCAUCUUGCAAGGUUGAUGUCAGCAAACAGGUGGUGAGACGUGUUUGACCCUAAGAUGUGCCUCCACAUUAUCACCACCUGGUCUGUUUAGGAAAUAUUCUCCAUGUCUAUAGGACCUGCAGGUCAGAGCACAUGUUGGCUUUUCAAAGCCAUCCAGAACAGGAUGUGGUAGGAAAACCGCUGUUUAACACACAAGCUCAUCUGAACACUUGUCUGAGCAGAGAGAACGAGUGUCCUUCAUACUCCUCCUUUUGUUGGACACUGACAUACUCCACCUUUUUACAUCAUUUUAACACUCCGGACUCCUGGAAGUUGCUUUGGUUGAAGGAAUACACAGAAUGACUGACUACACAGAGUCUGAAUAAACUACCCAUUCAGCCUCACCCAGCACUGAUUAACUGUGCCAUGUGUGAACGCAAGAACUCGUGUCUUAGAUUUUAGUUUGCGUGUCUGUUCAUUUCUGCUGAGACACUGUGUGACAUGACUGACAGGAAGUGAAAAGCCUGCCUUACUGACAGCGUGAGGGAACUCGGUAGCUGACCAAUCGACUGUGACUUUGUAGCUCCCUGUCUGGGCUGUGGGUGGGAGGGUGAACGACAAAUGAAGAAUAUGUGAGCGGGAGGGGUUUGGUUAUGGACGAUCAUGUAUGCAACAUUUUGUACAAUGUAAAUACAUUUCUUUCUAAACACAAUCAUGAUGAAUUUUGUGAAGGGCCAUGAAUGGUGUAAAUAUCUUAACUUAUAACAGAGAUUUAAUAUGGGAUGAAUGGUGGGUGAUAGAGGAAAUAAAAGACCAGAUUUUUA